UUUGUUUACUUUGUUUUAUUUCAAACAAUCUGUUUAAUGGAAGAUGGAGCCUACCAACAAACACUUUCUGAGAAAUUGUCCCUUGCCAUUGGCGUUUUCUUCAGCCUUCUUCCAAUUAGAAUUUCUGCAACUGUAUCUGAAGUUUCCCCGAUCCAGUGAUUCCAAUUUCCACACACAUUCCUACCAAGGCUCUUAAAAAGACCAUAUUCAUACUCUUAACAGUAGCAUCAAAAUCAAAGUCAAGUCUUGAAUCAGCAAUGAUCACUGAUGUACCUUCUUCUUCUUCCUCUCCCUCUCCCUCCGUCAAGACCCGUAGAUGGAUCAACCAUAUAUUCAUCAGUUUCAGGGGUGCAGACACCAGAAAAGGCUUCACAGAUCACCUUUAUGCUGCACUGGAAAGAAGGGGUUGUAUCAAAACUUUCAAGGAUGAUCAUGACCUUGAGAGUGGGGAAAUCAUAUCUAAAGGGCUCAUCAAGGGAAUUCAAGAGUCCAUGUUUGCGCUUGUUGUCCUCUCACCAAACUAUGCUUCCUCAAGAUGGUGCUUGGAUGAGCUGCAAAACAUCAUUGAGUGCAGGGAAAAGUUCAACCAAGUGGUUUUUCCUAUCUUCUAUGGUGUAGAAUCCUCUGAUGUAAGGUAUCAGAGAGGAACCUUUGAAGAAGCUUUCAGAAAACAUGAAGAGAGGUUCAAAGAAGAGAAGGGGAAAGUCCAAAGAUGGAGAGAUGCAUUGCAAAAAGUUGCAAGUUAUUCCGGUUGGGACUCCAAAGAUAAGCAUGAGGCAGCAUUGAUUGAAACAAUUGUUGAUCACAUACAAAAAUUACUGAUUCCUAAGUUGCCAUCAUGGGUAGGAAACCUCGUUGGUGUUGAAUCAAGGAUGAAAAAGUUGAAUUCACUCAUCGGUAUGCAGUUGGAUGAUGUUCGCUUUAUAGGUAUACGGGGAAUGGGAGGCAUAGGAAAAACAACAACUGCCAGAUUAAUAUAUGAAUCAAUCGAAGAGCAGUUCAACUUUAGUUGCUUUCUUGCAAACAUUAGAGAGGUUUCUGCAAAAAAUGGCAUAGUUCACAUCCAAAGGGAACUUCUUUCUCAUCUUUCUGUAAGAAGUAAUUACUUUCAUAAUUUGUAUGAUGGGGUAAAAAUAAUAGCAAACUCUUUGCACAACAAAAAGGUCCUCCUUGUUCUUGAUGAUAUAAGUGAAAGAAGCCAAUUAGAGAACUUAGCCGGAAAACAAGAAUGGUUUGGUCCCGGUAGCAGAAUAAUCAUCACUACUAGAGAUAAGCAUCUGCUAAUGACACAUGGCGUGCAUCAGACAUGCGAGCUUGAAGGCUUAGUUCAGAAAGAAGCCCUUCAUUUAUUCUGUCUGAAAGCUUUUAAACAAGAUCAACCCAAAAGCAAAUAUCAGAAAUUGUGCAACGAAGUGGUUGAAUACACAAGAGGCCUUCCAUUGGCACUUGAAGUAUUGGGGUCCCAUCUUUGUGGAAGAACUCUUGAGGCUUGGCAUAAUGCUUUAAAACAAAUAAGAAGUUCUCCACACCCUGAAAUCCAAAAUUCAUUGAAAAUAAGUUUUGAAAGUUUGUCUAGCACAGAGAGAGAAAUGUUUUUGGAUAUUGCUUGUUUCUUCAAAGGCAUGAACAAGGAUAGAGUAGUAGAAGUGUUAGAAAAUUGUGGUCAUUUUCCACAAAUUGAUAUUGAAAUUUUGAUUGACAAAUCUUUGGUCACUCUUGGUAGGGAUAAUAUAUUGGAAAUGCAUGAUUUACUUGAAGAAAUGGGAAAGAAUAUAGUGUUUCAAGAAUCUCCAAAUGAUCCAGGAAAACGUAGUAGAUUGUGGUCUCAAGAUGACAUCAGCCGUGCGUUGACACAAAAUAAGGGAACUGAAGCAAUUCAAGCGAUAGUAGACUAUGCUCGAGCUCAACCAUAUGAAGCAAGAUGGUUCUCCGAACUAAUUCAACCAGCAGCACACUAUUAUCAACUAUAUGAAGCAAAAUGGAGCUCUGAAGAAAGUAAAUCAUUUGUAGAGUCUGAAGAAAUUCAAGCAAUAGUAGAAUCAUAUACAGCAAGACGGAAGUCUGAAGAAAUUCAAGCAAUAGUAGACUAUGAUCGACCAUAUAAUGCAAGAUGGAGCUCUGAAGAAAUUCAAGCUAUCUUUGAAGAUAUUCAAGCAAUAGUAGCCUAUGUUCGACCAUAUGAAGCAAGAUGGAGCUCUGAAGCUUUCUCCAAGACCAGCAACAUAAGGUUGCUAAAGAUACGUAAUGCGUGUUGUCUUUCCCAUGGCCUUGAUUGCCUUCCUUAUGCACUCAGAGUUCUUGACUGGCAUGGAUGCCCUCUGAAAACUCUGCCACUUACUGAUCAACUGGAUGUUGUUGACAUCAAUUUGUCUUGGAGCAAAAUUGAACAACUUUGGCAUGGAACAAAGAUUUUACAUAAGUUGAAGUGCAUCAACUUGAGUUUUUCCGGUAACCUAAACCAAACCCCUGACUUUGUGGAGGUUCCGAAUCUCCAAUCGUUAGUUCUUGAAGGUUGUACAAGCCUAACCGAAAUCCACUCAUCUGUUAUGCAGCUCAAGAAACUUGUUCAAUUGAACUUAAAAGGCUGCAAAAGGCUCAAAGCUCUUCCAGGUAAAAUGGAGAUGAGUUCAUUAAAGGUUUUAAAUCUUUCUGGUUGCUCAAACAUGAACACUGUCCCAGACUUUGGGAAUUGCAUGGGACAUCUAGCAGAGCUUCAUUUGGAUGGAACUGCUGUAACAGAGUUACCUUCAUCAUUAGCAUGUCUGGUUGGACUUGUUCUUUUGCAUUUACAGAAUUGCAUGUAUCUUGUUUGCCUUCCAGAUACCAUUCAUAAGUUGAAGUCCCUCAAAGUUCUUAAUGUUUCUUAUUGCUCGAAACUCAGUAGCUUGCCAGAGUGCCUACAGGAAAUGAAUAAUCUGGAAGAACUUUAUGCAAGCAAUACUGCCAUUGAAGAACUACCUUUAUGUUUAUGUCAUCUAGAAAACAUCAAAGUAGUGUCAUUUGCUGGUUGCAAAGAGUCAACAUCUGAGUUAAAUUGCUUUCGAGUUCCAUCUGCUGUUUGCCGUCCAUCCCUUUUGAGAAGGUUAGAUUUAAGUUAUUGCAAUCUACUUGCUGAAUCAAUACCAGAUGGUUUUUGUGGCUUAUCUUUGCUGAGGGAUUUGGAUCUUUCUGGCAACAACUUUGUUAACCUACCAAGCGACAUUUCCAAACACUCUACGCUUGAAUAUCUUUGUCUAAACUCGUGCAAGAAGCUUCAGUCAUUGCCUGAGCUUCCAUUAAGCAUAAAAACACUCUACUCUCUUUGGAGAAUCAAGCGUUCCUUAACUAUCGGAAAAAAAUGUUAUUUUCAGGGGAUUUGCUUUCCGAGAACACCAUUCGACAUGUUUAUCACAGGCAAUGAAAUUCCAUCAUGGUUUGCACCUCAAAAGUCCUCUUCCUUUGCAGAAAUACCAUUUCCUCAUCCUUCUCCUCCAACUGAAUGGCUGGGAUUUGCUCUGUGUUUCUUGCUGGUAGCUGAUCGGCCUCUGGGCUAUUACGAUGCAGUGAUCAGUUGUUACACGGCAACACAAACAUCAUUAGAGUCCUGCAUACUCGUACCAGAUAUUCAGGCCAAAAAAAUAACGGUACCGGAUAAAGAUCAUUGGAGGGCUGAGUCUUACGUGAUCACCAGGAGUGUUCCUUCCUCUUAUGGAGCCAAAACAACCUCACCUUUACAUUCUCUUUCUGUCCAUUGGAGAAUACCUUGAAAGAAUGCAUACAGGUUAUGGGUUUGGUUUGGCGUGUUGGUAUGACGGUUCAUUGAUAGUGCAGGCUGGGUGUCGUCUGGUGUGCAAGGAAGAUCUUCAAGAUAUUUAUGGAAAUCAUUCCCAUACUUCCUCUGUAGGGCCUAAUGAAAAAAACCAAAAAAUAAACAACAACGAUGGACCAAGCUCAUAACCUUUCUUUCUUUUCCUUCCACUCCAACGGCGCACACAAACACUUCAUUGCAGCAAUACACACACACACCUCUCACCGCCAAUACUACUCUGCUGAUUUCCCCUCCCUCGGGUCACUUCUUUAACAAUAAUUUCAUAUACUUUUAUUUCAA